AUGAAAGUACCACAUAUCCCAAUUAAAUGGCUUAUGUUGGCCUCCCUCCUACUGCGAAUAGCAUUCUUCGCAUUCGGAUUAUACCAAGAUGCCACAAUGGAGGUCAAGUACACGGAUAUCGAUUACUACGUGUUUACCGACGCUUCGAAAUACGUGCUCGAGGGAAAAUCACCGUAUUUACGUGAGACUUACAGAUACACUCCGUUAUUGGCACAAUUGCUUGUGCCGUGCCAUAUAUGGUGGUUUUCGUUCGGAAAGUUGGUGUUCGUGGUGUGCGAUCUGAUCACGGGCUGGAUCCUGUGUGAUUUGACUGGCGAGAGCAAAAGAGCAGUGGUAUCGAUUUGCUGGCUUCUGAAUCCAAUGGUAAUCACCAUUAGCACGAGAGGAAGCUCCGAGAGUCUGUUGACGGUGGUGGUUCUGGGAUCCAUUUGGCUGUGGAAAAGAGGCAGGCCUAUUGGUUCAGGUUUGCUUCUGGGAUUGGCUAUCCACUUGAAAAUAUACCCACUUAUCUACGUGCCAACAUUGUUGCUGUCGCAGAGCAGACUUGUGAGUUGGCCGAAUUUCCGAUUCUCUGCCUCGGUUGGGGUUUCUUUCGUGUCGCUUGGUGUUGCCAUGUACUGGAUGUAUGGAUGGGAGUUCUUGGAACAUUCCUAUCUCUAUCACUGGGGCAGAAUUGACCACAGACACAACUUUUCGCUGUAUAACCAAUUGAUGUACCACGUGUCGAGUGGCCAGGUCCAGGCUUCCUGGGAAAAGCUCAUCAGUUUCGUUCCGCAGUUGGGCUUGUCGAUGGUGGUGCUGCCUUUAUGGUUCUGGUAUAACGGGAUGGAUAUGGGAACUACGCUAUUUCUACAGACUUUCACAUUUGUCACAUUCAACAAGGUCAUUACGUCGCAAUAUUUCAUUUGGUACUUAUGUCUCUUGCCAUUGUUGCUUGAAAACACAGAUUUGACUAAAUGGCAGGGAGUCCAGAUGACUGUGGUGUGGGUAUUAUCGCAAGGCAUAUGGUUGCUGUUUGGAUACAAACUGGAGUUCCAGGGCCUUCCAGUUUUCAGAGAACUGUUCUUGAGUUCGUUGGUGUUCUUUCUGGCUCAAAUAUACAUCAUUGGCCAGCUUGUAAAGCACGCCAUACCUGUCCAGCAUUUGAAGAAGGAGUGA